AUGACCUGUGCAAAUGGCGUCGCACCCAUUCUUUUCCCAAUCACCAACGUCACAAUCUCCAGCAACGGCUACACCCAAACACGGGGCAUCCAGACCGGUAUAGGGACACCGAGUCAGAUAUUCGCCCUGUGGCCGGCAACGAGUGUCAACAAUGUGCUCAUUUCAAAUUCUGCGGGCUGCGGACCUUCGACCAACUACUCCUGCUAUGGGUCAACUGGCGGCUCCUUUGAUACUUCGAAGUCGGGCACCUACGACAUGAUGACACUCGCGCAAUGGAACGGCAGUAAAUCAGAGGUCGAGGAAGAUGCAGAUCUCUCAUUCCUUUACUUCCAGGACGAGAUACGCUUGUCGGACAACAGCCUGCUUCCUGGCUUUCCAAUGGCUAUGACCUCGCCCACAGAUGCUACACAAGGUACACUGCCACUAGCAGCGGACUCGACAUUCCUGCAAACACUAGCCGAACAAAACCUCGCACCUUCACGAGCCUGGGGCUACUGGGCCGGAAGCCGGUCAGUACUGGCACCACAAGACGGCCUUUUGGUCAUUGGCGGCUACGAUCACAAUCGAAUCGCUACGGGCGCGACAUUGAGAAACUUUACUUCCAACCCUCAAUACGCAGGGUACAUGACCAUCCAUGUGACCAAUAUGACAUAUGACAGCGGCCAGGGGCCUAUCAGUCUAUUCAACUCGUCAUCCCAAGCCUUCGACAGCAUCCUGAACACCGCAUCCACAGACACUCUCCUGCCCGAGGACAUUUUGAACACGUUCGGCAAUGUCACUGGCGCAGGUAAAGACCCCGGAACGGAAGUCCUGUCCUGGUCUGCUUCGGACGGCCCGACUGGCAACGUCACCGUGACACUGGACGACGGCGCAGACGGCUACCAAUUUACCAUCCCUUGGUACGAACUCUUCCUACCAGACCGCAAAUACGACGACAAAGGGUCCUACGUCUACAACAAUGACAGCUUCGUGUUUACAUCAUUUGCCAGCGCCGACGUCGUCAGCGGUGGUAUCUCGUGGUUUGGCAACGUCCUGUUCCAGGCCAAUUACCUCGUCAACCUCGGCGACAGCAGCUUCCAACUGGCCCCAGCGAACACGUCCAACGUUUAUGCGAUCAAUUACCCCGAAGGCGUGGAAAUCAAAGCAAUUUGCAACGAAACACAGCUAGCCGCGAUAGGUAGCUCGAUCACGAACGGCACAAGCUCGCCGAUCAGCGGAGGUGUUAUUGCGGGCAUUGUCGUGGGGUGUAUAGCCGCGGUGGCCAUCGUUGCUGGGGGAGUAUGUUCCUGGCUGUGGCGACGCAGACGGCAGAGGCAGCGUACGAACCCAGCCAUGGCAACGAACACGCUCGAGAGAGACCCGUCGGGCAAGGCAGAACUAGAUUCAACGGCUGCUAUUGUUACACCUGCGGCCAGAGCAGAGUUGGCUCAAGAGGAGCCGGCGGAGGUCGAAUUGCCGGCAGGGACGAAACCUGUGGAACUUGGGCACGCGCACGCACACCACGAUACAACUACGGUAAGCACACUUCCUGUCUACUCGAGACAAGAAAUGGAGCCGGUGGAGAUGCCUGCCAAGCCUUUCGUGUGAUCCUCCAGGUCAUGGGCAAGGGCGCUCGAUAUCCUGAGUUUGUUGAAGGUCGAAGGAUGGGGUUUUGGUGUGCGUGCUCCUGUACGGGGAUAAUCGUGUCGUGUUCUGAUGUAUACCUAGCGGAAAGCGUUGUUU